AUGGCCGAGUAUGAUAUCACGGAAAAGCUAAUCCCGUUCAUCGACAAGCAUCUUGCAUUUCCAGUGCUUACGCAUCUACUCGAAACAGCCCUAUUCCCCGAGGAGGAUGUGCGCGCCGCCCAGUAUGAGCUCGCAAAGACGACAAACAUGGUCGAUUUCACCGUUCAGCUCUUCCAGCAGCUCUAUCCAGACGAAGAGAUUCCACAGGAGUUCGCAGACAAGCGAGAUCAAGCGCUUCAAAAAGCAGAGCAGCUCGAGACGGAUGCUCAAGUCGUUCUUGAAGUAAUUGAACGUGAAGAAGUCGCACAAGCUCUUCGUCAGGACAAGAUUCAAAACCUUCACUACCUCAAGGAAAACUACAACCUCACACUAGAUCACAUUCAAGCCCUCUAUACGUUUGGUCAGUUUCAGUAUGCGACUGGGAACUACUCGAAUGCUGCCGAAUAUCUCUACCACUUCCGCAUCCUGUCCACUGAUGCCGACCUAAAUCUGUCAGCUCAUUGGGGGAAACUCGCUUGUGAUAUACUAUUCGGACAGUGGGAUACCGCCCUGGAGGAGCUCAACUCUCUGCGCGAGACCAUCGACUCUCGCCUGGGCUCAGCGGCUGCCAAUGCACCAGCCGGCCCAAACGCAUCGUCCGAAGCUGCUCUAGCACAACUUCAAGCACGGACAUGGCUGAUACACUGGUCAUUAUUCGUCUAUUUCAAUCACGCUCAAGGCCGAUCGUUACUCCUCGAUACUUUCCUUUCACCAGCCUAUCUCAACACUAUACAGACAUCGUGUCCGUGGGUACUCCGGUAUCUUGCAGUUGCCGCUAUCGUCACUCGAAAGUCAGCAAAUGCAACCUCGGGGCGCGCCAGGCACGCGUUGAGGGAGAUUGUGCGCGUCAUUCAGAUGGAAGAAUAUCAGUACACCGACCCUAUUACCCAAUUCUUAAAGGAGCUCUAUCUCGAAUUUGACUUUGAUGCUGCUCAAAAGUCGCUUGCAAUCGCUGAAAAGGUGGUGGAAAAUGAUUUCUUCCUGUGGGACUUGAAGCAAGAGUUUCUCGAUAACUCGCGAUAUCUCAUCAGCGAAGCAUACUGCCGGAUUCACCAGAGAAUCGACAUCGACGACCUGUCCUCCCGACUGAACCUGAGUCAGGAAGAAGGCGAAAAAUGGAUUGUGAAUCUGAUUCGUGAUAUGCGCAUGGGUGCCGAUGCGAAGAUUGAUCUGGAAAAGAACAUUAUACACAUCAAUCGGCCCCCCGCACCACUGUAUCAAGCGGUCAUCGAGAAGACGAGAGGUCUCGCAUUCCGAACACAGGCCCUCGGCGCAGCAAUGAACAGAAAGGCGGCUGGGGAAACGAUGGAAACUGGCGAGGAAGGGAAAAAUAAAGGAAAGGGUCGAAGAACGGGUGCCCAGCAGCCGUCUCAACCUGCUGCUCCAUCGAUAGUAGCCACAGAAGCUUAG